AUGGGCCUUGCAUCACCUGCUGCUGGCGGCGGGUAUCGCUGUCCAACAUAUGAGGUUCGACGACCAAGAUCAUCAGCGCCGAUGUGCAGACAUGUGUCUGUCACCGAGACUGGAUGGCUGGCUCAAAACUUUAGCUUCGCCUCGCGGCUCCGUUGUCAAAUUGCGUUGCAACCUGUGUUUGCUAUCGCCGCUGCAUUCGCCUUGGUUGUCACCGGGUGCUCGGUAUUGAACGACCGUCUAGGUGAAGAAAGAGGCAGGGUGUGCCAUAGACUGGCUCGUUGA